AUGCUUUCAUUAAUUUAAGGAGACAUAAUUCAAUAAAAAGCAGAUGCAAUUGCAUUACCUUCUGAUAUAGCAUUAUUAAAAGCUCCUGGUUUGAAAUAAUUACAUCAAAAUGGUUAAUAAUAAUACAAUGACUCGAUAACAAACCAAAAACCCUUUAGUUAAAUUUAAUAGACAUCUGUCAUUACAUUACCCCUUUAGAAUAAUUAAUUUAAAUAUAUCAUUUAUUGUAUUGUUCCAAAAUCUGACUUGAAUAAUUAAGAGUUGUAAUUAUCUCUUUUAUUAGAGUUACUAUUUGAAAAUAUUUUUGACGAAAUUACUUUUUUAAAAUUAUAAUCUAUCCUAAUACCAGUGCUUGGUUGUGAUAACGCGGAUUUUACUAUAUAAGAAUUUUUGAUGGCUUUUUAAUCAAUUUAUGCAAAAUAAAGAGAUAAUUUGAAAGAUGUUAAUUUGAUAUUUGUUUCCUAAAGCUAAUAAGAAUAUGAACCUGUGAGAAGAUUUUUAUCAAUUAAAACCCCAAACAUAGCAAAUCCUAAUUUUGAUAGUAUUUAUAAAACAGUCGCUCAGGGAUGUUAAACGUCUCUAACUGAAACAUACAAUCAAUUUCAUUAAUAGAACAUUAAAAAAAAUGUUGAAAAUCAGAAACCAGAAGUAUAAGAAGGAAGUGAAAUUGCUUAAUAUAGAAGGGAUUACAAUUCUAAAAAAUAGAACUAAUAAAACUAGGGUAAUUAUUAAGCAGAGAAUUCUCAUAAUUAAGAAACUUUAAACUAAAAAAUAAGGUAACAUAAUUAAAAUCCAAAUGAAUUUUAAUAAGUUGGUACAUUCAAUUAGUCAAAUCAAUCAAUUAUACUAAAAUCUUCUCCUGUUAUUUAGUCGAAUAAGAGCUUUUUUUCUCUCAUUAUUUACAUAGAUGAACUUAUUUUAGAAUAGAAAGAUCUAAUUAAAUUUAUGCUAUAGGUAUGUUGUGAUCUCAAUCAACUUCAUUAUAAAUUAUUAUAAGAUUAAGAAAUCCUAGAAUAAUCUAAUUAAGUUUUUAAUUACAAGCUUUCUUAUAAAUAUUCGAUGAUCCCUAAGGAAUUGUUUCCUUUUUGUCCGCCUGAGAUGUUAGAGAAUUAAUAGAUAUCUGAAACUAAUGAUUCAUAUUCGCUAGGUAUUAUAUUUAAAAGAGUUCUUGAAAUAAUAAACUAUAAAUCAAAUUAAGAAGAUUAAUAAAAUAUGAUUUAAAUAUAGACAUUAUUAGAUAAACUAAUUUCUCAAACAACCUAAAGACCAUUAAUAGAUGAUAUAUUUAGUUUUUUAUUAUCCCUUCAAUUAAAUGAGUAAUUUAUUGAGAAAUGGACUUAAGAUUAAAAGAAUAUUAAUUAUUUUUAUAGAAAACGUGGUAUUUGGUAGAAGAUAAAAGACUUUAAAAAUUAAAUUAUGAUGAAAGCCUCCUUUUUGAACAAUUAAGGUUCUGGCAAUCAGCAAUAUUCUCUUAUAUAAAUUGAUAAUAAACCAUAGGAUUAGAUUUAAUUACUAAAUCAUCAAGAAUCUACUUUAUUCACUAAACUUUAAUAAAAUGAAUUUAACUUAGAUUGUGAAUAUGCAUAAAGGGAAUAAAAUUAUAAAUUCUGUUAAAUUGAUUGUGUAGUUAUUUCAGUAGAUAAAUACUAAUUUAAAUAAAACUUACCUAGCUUUAUAAAAUUUGAUUCAAAAUUAGACUAUGUACUUGAUAAAAUCAUAACUUUGGCUUAAAAUGAGAAAGAACAUUAUUUAUAAUCAAUAAGACAAUAUGUACCAAUAUUUGGUUGCAAUCUUGUACUUUUGGUAUUUUGUCCAAAUCAAGAUUAGACAAAUGGAAGAUAGAAUUAAUUAGUCAAUUGCUUAAGGGAUAUACUUUUGUAUAAUUUAAAAUAUUAGAAAAUUACAACUUUUUGUCUAUGUCUAGAUGAUAUUUGUAAACAAUUAAGUGCAAAUCAAAAUGAUUUAUCAAUGGAUUUAUUAGCCAAAGCAUUUGAUGAAGCUUGUGCUAAGAUUCCUGAUCCAGUAAUUUGGAAUGAAAUAUAAUUUAAUAACUAGAAGUGGAUUGUUGUUAAAAAAACUCCUAUGAAAAUUAAGAUACUUGAACAAUCAAUAAUUAUCCAUAAUUAAGAUAUUACUCAAAUCAAAGGAGUUGAUGCUAUCGUAAACGUAGCUGACCCUAAUCUUAAAAAUCGAGGGGGGAUUUGUGGAGCUGUUUUUAGAGCUGCAGGUGAAAAUCUAUUAGAAGAGGAAAUUAACAUGUUGUUUAACAAACUUGGGAGAAAAUAACCAGAGACUUCAGAAGUCAUUGUUACUAAAAGUUACCGCCUGGGAUAAGAAAAUGGGCCAAAAUACAUAAUUCAUGCUGUUGGUCCAAAAUAUAAUCCAUAAGACCCUUAAAAGUCAAAAGAAUAACUAAAUACAUGCAUUGUUAACAUAUUACAAAAAUGUCAAGAAUAUAAAAUAACAUCAGUAGCAAUACCUCCUAUUUCAGAAAAGAAUUUUGAUUUUCCGAAAUAGAUUUGUGCUUAAAUAUUUCAUGCAGCGCUUCUGUAAUUUCAAUUUUAAAAUCCUAUGUCUAUACAUAUAAUUGAUGUGAGAGACAAAGUAGUUGAUAUAUUUAAGAUUAUUUUUAAAGGUGAAAAAUUAAGAGAAACUAUUCAUUCAAAAUUAGAUUUUGCUCCUCCAACAGAUUGUUUAGUUUGCCCUAUAAAUAUAUAAAAUUAUAAUUCUGAAGCUCUUAAAAGGAUAAUAGAGUUAGCUGGUCCUUCAUUCUAAAAUGAAUUGGAAGAAUAAAUAAAAACUAAAUAAAAUUAGAGCAAUCUCAAAAAUUGCUAAAGCUUUUUAAUACAAGGCCAUAAAAUGAAAUUCAAUAACAUCUAUCAAGUUUUGUUGAUUUCCAAACCAUUAAAUAUAAUUGAUAAAUAAACACUCUUAUAUUAAGUAUAUUUUUCAAUAUUGGUUGAGACUUUUCUGAAGAACAAUAUCACUUCAAUUACAAUAUUGUUGUAUAGUAUUCUUCAAUAAUGUUUGACUAGCUAGGAAGAUUUUAUAAAAUAUUGUGGAAAGCAAGCUAUCAAUAUAUUAUUAAAAGCAAUUCAGGAUUUUGAAGAAAAAUAUCAGUAAGAAUGUGGAAAAAUUACCAUAUUAUCAAAUGCUGCAUAAUUUUGUUCCGAGUGUGAAUUAAUUUUUAAAUGA